AUGGUAAAGCUGUUCUGCGCCAUUGUUGGUGUGAAGGGAAGUGCGUUUUCUGUGGAGAUCGAUGUGACUCAGAGUGUGGGGGACUUAAAGAAGGUUAUUAAGGCGAAGAAUGAAGAUCUCCAAGGUCCUGCGCGUAACCUGCAACUUUUCCUGGCAAAGGGAACGGACGACAAGUGGCUAAAGGACGACGAUGUUGCUGCGCAACUGCUAUAUACAGGGAAGACACAUUCAAAUAUCCAGCAGAUGAUUGGUGUAAAGCAAGUGAUGGCAACGAGAACCUUACAGCGUUGGCUCUUUGAUGAUAACAAGAUGUCGCAGCCAUUGCCAGAACAAAUUCACGUGCUGGUGGUAGUUCCGUUUCAGCACGUACAAGCUCAAGAUGUCGAUGAGGCAGUACGGAUGCGAGAAGACAUUAAUCGUUUAUUGCGAGCUGCACAGCAGCUUGAGCAAGCGGUGGCCUCUUUGCCACACAAAUCGUCAAAGUCCUUGUCGAAUGCGGCACUUGGUGCGCAAGAGCAAAUAAAAUUGGAAGUAAAAAAGCAGGUCAUCGAUUUUGCACCAGUCGAGGACGAAGAAGCAUUUUGGUCGAAGGAGACUCAGAUUAAAGCUGAUGUCAUUACGAAUGAGGCUGAUUUGGACGCAUUUAUUACUCCUUUCUUCAGCAGCAUACUAGAAAGCUGUGGUUUGGUAUACGUGAAUAGUGAGAGGUAUCAAUGGUUCUCUCAGGGUUUUAAAUUGUAUAAGAGCAAACACCUCAAACCGGAUGGAUUUGCGACCCAUCCUGGAAUGUAUCGUGUCAAGCCAGAACCGCAAUAUCGUGUUCAUUGCCCGGAUGGAUUUCGAUUUGGAGUUGCAGAAGAAGAAUUGUUCGACUGCCUCAUCCUGUUCGAAAGCAAGCUUAGUAUAUAUAACGCUGCGUUUGGCCAAGUGGUAAAAUACCUGCAAAACCUUUGCCCCGAGGAGACAGCAUACGCCAUUCUUUUUGACCGUCAGUCAUUCUGGUUAAUCAGUAGCUACAAGGCUGAUGUUUACAGAGUUCAAAAGGCGAAGUGGGUCGACAAAGGCUCGAAAUCAUUGUUUCAGAAUUUUAUUUGCGAUGCAUUUCUCGGCCGUGGUGCAUACGGACGCGUUUUCAAGGUUACUGGGCAGGAUGGAAAGAUUUUCGCGCUGAAAAUCGCAACGGAUGUGGAACGUCUUUAUCGGGAGCGACGAGCCUUGUUAAUGGCCGAGCACACAGGCUUGACGAUUAAACCUAUUGGAGAUGUCACCGCAACUAUGGAAAGCGGUGCGCUAUUACUGUGUCCUGUCGGGAAACCUCUACCGCGACCAACGACUCGAGAGAAAGUACGAAGCCUCUUUUACAUGUUAUGGCAGCUUCAUGCGAAUAACUUGGCUCAUGGAGAUCCUCGUGUGCCGAAUGUGAUCCUCACUGAGGAGAAGACUCUCUGGAUUGAUCUUGUGAUAGGAGAUAAUGCGACCCCUUAUUUGAAACGACGGGAUGCUGAAAUACUUACACGUUCCAUUCUGAGACUCCCUUACGAGAAUUCGCUGAGCCUGGCGCUGGUGCAGUCACUUAAUAGCUAUUAUCAAUGCGCUACGCAAGAAAAUCUCGAUCGUUUGGCUGAAGAAGUAGCAUCAGCUGCAGGUUUCAGUGACUAG